AUGGCUGCUUCCAUGCUGGAACACAAUGCCGGAAUGUAGGAUCACGACAUACUUUUUCUCGAUUUCAAAAUCCUUUUCUUUGGGACGUUUAUCAUGGCUCAUUCUGAGAGUGUGGCGCCAACAGCCACAUGAAUAAAUUAAACGAUAUACUGCAAUUUAUCUAAACAUUUGCUCCUGCAUUUGUAGUUACGGAGUCCAAUUCAGCUAGCUAGCCGCUGCACCGGGCAGCUGACUGAAGCGAUGUCCGUGGUUUGUGCGCGGCUCCUGGGUAGGUGUAGUGUCGCGCUUGGAUGCCGCGGUUAUGCCACGCCCAGUCAAGCCGUGAAGAACAAGGGCCCAAAGGAGCAGGGAGGGCCAGUGUACCAGUACGUUGGGAAGCACACCAAGCCCAAGGACAAAGUCUUUGUGUGGGGAUUCAGCUACACGGGAGCCCUGGGGAUUCCCAGCUUUGUGGUUCCUGACAGUGGAAGGAAGACGCCUCGGAAGUAUCAGCUCACCCCCUACCGCCUUGACACAGAGCAGCGGAUCUCCUCAGCGGCCUGUGGUUAUGGUUUCACCCUGCUGUCCUCCACCACGCAGGACCUGACCAAAGUGUGGGGAAUGGGCCUCAACAAGGACUCCCAGCUAGGCUUCCAGCGUACCCAGCAUGACCGCAAUAAGAGCUAUGAGUACGUGCUGGAGCCAUCCCCAGUGUCUCUCCCCUUGGCCAGGCCCCAGGAGACUCGGGUGACCCAGGUGGCUUGUGGGCGUGCCCACUCGCUGGUGCUCACUGACUCAGAGGGAGUAUUCAGUAUCGGAAACAAUGCAUACGGACAGUGUGGGAGAAAAAUCGUGGAGAAUGAAAUAUACAGUGGCAGCCACGUCGUUCACAAGAUUGAAGGCUUUGACAGCCGAGUCGUUCAGGUGGCGUGUGGGCAGGACCACAGCUUGUUCCUGACUCAGACAGGCAGAGUGUAUGCCUGUGGCUGGGGGGCAGAUGGGCAGACAGGACUAGGUCACCACAACAUGACCGCCCAUCCGGUGCCUGUCGCAGGGGCGCUGGCUGGAGUGAGAGUGCGGCAGGUGGCUUCAUAUGGAGACUGCAGCCUGGCAGUGUCCCAGGAGGGGGAUCUUUUUGGUUGGGGCAACUCUGAAUACCUGCAGCUGUCCACUGUUACUGAAGCCACACAGAUUAACUCUCCACGGCGCCUCCCUGUGGAGGGUGUGGGCAGGAUCCAGCAGGCGGCAUGUGGUGGGACUCAAGUGGCCGUUUUGAACAACAAAGGGGAGGUGUUUGUCUGGGGCUAUGGCAUCCUGGGGAAAGGGCCUGACCUCUCAGAGUCCAAAACACCCGAGAUGAUCCCGCCCACGCUCUUCGGACGGUCCGACUUUAACCCCAAGGUUGCCGUCACUCAGAUCCGUUGCGGACUCACUCACUUUGCAGCCGUCACAGAUAGAGGGGAGCUGUUCGUCUGGGGGAAGAACGUAAGAGGCUGUCUGGGUAUCGGGAUGAAGGACGACCAGUACUUCCCCUGGAGGGUGACCGUGCCGGGCCAGGUGGUGGACGUGGCCUGUGGGGUGGACCACAUGGUGGCGCUGGUCAAGUCGCUGAUGUGAGCCUCCCGGCGCUCCUGCCCCGCCCGUCUCCCCUCGCCAGUGAACCGGGCAGGCUGUGCCUCUAGCCCCCAGCGCCCAUCGAAGGAGGGUUUGGUCUCUGGGAAUGUGUGGCGCUCCCCUCCCAGUCCAGAGCAUAAGACCAGCUGAGGUUACCAGAUGUCAACUCUUACUUGUGAUUUGACUCCCCCAUCCUCCCACUGUUGCAGUGCAGUACAUAGAUUUGUUUCUUUGAAAGGCAAUAUAGCCUCGGACCCCAUCACACAGACACUGUGGUCUCACACGCUGAAAUGAACCUCUAACAUCUUCUGUGUGUGUGUGUGUGUGUGUGUGU